AUGAAAAGACAUCGAAACUCAGGAUCCUCUUCUUCAUCAACACUCACCUCCUCCUCAUCAUCAUCAUCAACCACUCCGAAACCAUCCCAGAUACCUAAAACGAACCGAGAAAAAUUUACUCAACAAUUAAAAGAAGUAAAAAAGCGGAGAGGAACUUCAUCAAGUUUUAGUUCGAAACAAACAACCAUCGCCAAGCCUGGAGAUGUUGAUAAAAAGAAGAGAAGUGAAUUAGUGAAACAUUUUCAAGCAAAUUACAAUAAGAGAUAUGGAGUAAUUCAAUACCGAUCGUUGAAUAUUAAAAUUGAUGAAGAUUUAUUUGGGAAAUCAAUGGAGGAAAUUGAACAAGAAGGCUCCGAGGAGAGAAGACAAACAGUGGAAGCUUUAUAUUCUAUUUGGAAGCGGCAAUAUUUUGUUAGAGAGAUUAUUACAGACUAUACGAAAUCAAUUUGCAAUUUUUCAGGAGCUGGAUUUGAUGUACACAAUUUUCCAAAUUUGUCCAUUGAACUCAUUCACUACAUUCUUUGUGAAACGGAAAAGAAGAAAGGCAAUCUCAAAAAUAACAAGGUUGAUCAAAAUAAUAGAACCAUGUUUGGAAAUGUUAAUGACAUUGUCAAUAACUUUCAAUUGCCAGAAAUUUACAAUGAUAGAGGUGCAGAAGAUCUCACAUCGGCAAAACGUUUUCAUCUCAGUUUUGUUUCUGGAAAAACUGGAAAAGACAUUGCAAUUCUCAAAAUGAAAGCUGACGUACCUCAAGAUGAUAUCAAUGAAGAUUUGAAACGUAUUGUCACUCAUUCGUCCUUUGCCAUUUAUCGGGCUGUCUCAGUUUAUGAACUAUUUCAACAUCCUAGACUCUUUCAACAUUUCUACGACGAUUACGGCAACUACACAUGCAUAUUUUCAAUUCACGGCACAGCCUCUAGACACAAGUCACAUCCAGCAACAUCUUUUGUGAAACACAAAGCACAACUAUAUAGUGCUGUGAAAUCUCUUGCUCUCUCGAAUCAAGUCAUUGCCAAGCCAACAAGUAUUCCACAAAAUGUUGACAAGACAACAACAAGAUCCAAUUCAUCUCAACACUCUAAGGCAUCCAACACCACUUCUCAGACACUACACCAACAAACACCCUUCCUCAAAAUCAAAGAUCGACUCUCCAGCAAAAACAAAAACAAAAGAAAAAAUUCUUUACAAGCAUCACUCGACGAAAGAAGUGUUUCACACAACAAGACAUCCACACCUAAACAAAAAGACAAAAAGAAGAGAAAGAUGGAAAGUACCAUCAUCAUGAUGGAAGACGACUCGAACAACUCUCAUCCCAUCAGGAUUACUACUUCGGAACAACAAUCAUCCAUGAUGAUGAUACUCGACGAAACCAAAGAGAAACACAAGAAAAAUUCAUCAUCCAACAAGAAGCAACAACAACAACGAAAAUUCAAUAAUUAUUUACCACUUCAUGACAUGUGGAAAGAAUACAUGCUCAGCAUGCUCGGAACUUCCUCUCUCUUCAAUAAUGAAUUAUUAUUGAAAGCUGAUUAUCAUGGAUGCAUCUUCCGAGUGGUGAAGAGUCGUUGUGGCUCGUACAUUGGAAAGGAAGGAAUGGUCAUCAAGGAAACUGAAAAUACUUUUCAAUUAUUGACUCGGGAUGACAAGUUCUUUAUCAUUCCAAAGAACGGGUCUGUAUUUCAAUUCAAUUUUGAGAAACAAGUGAGGCCACCGUCUGGUGUUCGAGGGAAAGAAUCUACAGCACCUCCAGAAACUAAGAAUUAUCAAAUUGAGAUUAUUGGAACUCAAUUUUGUUUUAGAAGUUAUGAUCGUGCUUCGAAAAAGUUUAAGAGAAGAGAUGUCAUUGAUUUGUAA